AUGAAAUUAGUAAAUUUUUUGAAAAAACUUCGUAAUGAGCAAUUAACUAUUGAAUUGAAAAAUGGUACUACCAUAUGGGGUACUCUUCAGACUGUUUCACCACAGAUGAAUGUAACAUUAACGGAUAUAACUUUAUCACUACCAACUAAUAAAAAUCCUCAAGCUCAAGCAGCAUUUUUUUUAGCAUCAAACUCAAAUAAUACAUCUUCUAAUUCUAGCUCAAAUUCAGAUAUUCAAUUGCAAUAUAUUAAUGUUAGAGGCAAUACAAUUAGACAAAUAAUUCUACCUGAUUCACUCAAUUUAGAUUCUCUUCUGAUAGAUGAACAACAACUACAAAGACUAAGGAAAUCAGGUAAAUUGGUAGAUGAUUCUAGUAAAAAGAGAAGGAGAGAUUAUGGCACAAAUACUUCAAAACGUCUAAGAAGAGGCAUCUAA